GUCAGAACUGGAAGUGAUUCGAAAUCGAAGCAAGAUGAGAUCCCGCGAUUCCCGAUUGACUAUCCUAACAUUGCUGAUUGCGUGCUGCCUGGAUUCGAGUGGCGCUCUGUUCUUCAAGUCCUGGAAGACGGGAAAAGGAUAUACUGGAUAUAGUGGAGUACAAGACUAUGGAGGCUACGGUCAGGGAAACUACGGCUAUGGAAGCUAUGCUGGAGGAUAUGGUUACAACUAUCCCGCAUAUAAUUCCUACUCUUACCCAGCUUACUCAGGCCACUCCUCUUACUCAUACUCCAAAGGAGGACGCAAGCCUUCUGGAAACCGCAAAGGACGCACUUACUCGGACAUUCGAAGAGUUAUAAAUCCCGAUCCAUACAUCGGUCCUGGAGGCAGUCGCUUCCUGCCCCGUACUCCAUAUUCCGCCCUUUGGGGUUAACGAUUCGACCGUCUGAACUCGCAUUGUUGUCAGCAGUAUUAGCCAUUAAAAUAAAAUCAGCGAAAGUUACAUCU